GUUACCCCACUUUUAUCUCUUUGAGGCGCAAAGCGGCAAAGAAGAAUUGCUAAAGGGAUCCUGUGGAAAUCUGUCCGAAUGACAGGAGAACAGAGCCUCGUCGCUCGUAGCAGCAGCCUCGUAAAUGAAAAGCCAGACUUCGAACUCUCAACCUUCUGGUUGGCAAUAUUUAUUGCAGCUUGGUGAUUAACCUGCUGUGCUAAAUGUAUGUUGUUGUUGUUGUUACCCCACUUUUAUCUCUUUGAGGCGCAAAGCGGCAAAGAGGAAUUGCUAAAGGGAUCCUGUGGAAAUGUCUGUCUGAUUGACAGGAGAACAGAGCCUCGUCACUCGUAGCAGCAGCCUCGUAAAUGAAAAGCCGGACUUUGAACUCUCAACCUUCUGGUUGGCAAUAUUUAUUGCAGCUUGGUGAUUAACCUGCUGUGCUAAAUGUAUGUUGUUCUUGUUGUUACCCCACUUUUAUCUCUUUGAGGCGCAAAGCGGCAAAGAAGAAUUGCUAAAGGGAUCCUGUGGAAAUCUGUCCGAAUGACAGGAGAACAGAGCCUCGUCGCUCGUAGCAGCAGCCUCGUAAAUGGAAAGCCAGAUAUAGGAACGCCUUGGAAACAGUCCAUGCAAAAGGGAUCCCGGAGUCUUUGUGGACAAGAGCCAGGAGUGUGAUGCAGCACCUGAAAAGCCCAAUGCGAUUCUGAACUAUAUCAAGAGAAGCUCAGCCUUCCUUUUACAACAUCAGGAACAACAUCCUGAUAGUAAGAACUGUUAAUGGAAUAUGGUUUUGAUUGUGACAAUGGAGGUCUGGAUGUUCAUCUGUCGGGAGGGUUUUGAUUGUGCCUUCCUACAUGAUCUGGAUGACCUUUCCAACUCUAGGAUUCUAUGGAAGAGAGAGAAGAAGGCCUAUCCAGGCGAGAAAGCAGAUAGUCUAUUUCUCCUAAACAUAACUGCCUCCUUUUGCAGGCGUGUUGGGGCCGCUUUGUUCCUCUAAGAGCCCUGUGAUGCCUCCUUCCCUUUGGCUCCGCUUUGCCCGCUUGGCUCCGCAGUGGGAUGUGGAGUAUCAAAGCACGGGAGCCGCCCGCUCCAGUCCGGCGCUGGGCUCUUUUGGAGGAAAACUGGUUGGAUUAAUGGCUGGCGCCUCGGGGCAGGCCUUUGCCGGUGGAGACGCUCCGCUGGACGGUUUAGAACCGGCGUUCGGCGGUCAGGCCCCGCUGUGAGCCGAUCAAUGGGAUUUCCAGUGCGGACGGGCCUUUGAUAGAGAAGCGGGAGCCAAGGACGGGCCUUCCAAACGCACCGCCCUCACAUCCGAACCCUAUCGGCAUUACGUGUUAAUUUAAAGGAAAAUCAAAGCAGAAACGGCACAAGCAGGGAAAGAGAAGCGUCUAGAGCAACACAGUGGUCCACUUGGACGGCCGAGAGAGUGGCACCCUUGCUUUAAAUACAGGCCAGAAGAGGCAUCUUCUUGGAUCCAUUCGCUGCAUCCAUUGGCUUGGGUUGAAUCAGGGCCGGAGAGUGAGUAAAGGAGAGAAAGAAAGAAAGAAGAGGAGGAGGAGGAGGCGUGGCGUGGGCCGUGGAUUGUGGGCGCUGCUCUCUUCGGAGGAUUACGGCACACGGCGCUGUCCGCGGUGCUGAAGCUGGAGAGGAAGGAAGGAGGAGAAGGAGAAGAAAGCCGAGCCGGAGAAGGAAGAGGAGGAGAGGAGCCAAGCGGGUUUCUCUUCAAUCCCAAAGGAGAGAGGAAGGAAGGGCAGGAGACCCUGGAGGGGUCAACGGCGGAGAAAGCCCAUCGUCCCCAAGAGAGACCCAGCCAUGGCCAUGAAGGGCUGGCCGGUGGUCCUGCUCUUCGCCGUCGCUGCUUUGGCUCUCCGGGAUCAAGGGAAGACUGAGCGUCCCAUCGUCCCCGAGGCCCCGACGGCGGCCCCGACCCCGGAAGAGCGGGAGCGCGAAGAAGCCCCUUUUGCCACCACGGCUCCCACCUUGAAGCUGCUGGACCACCACCCGCCGCUGGAGAACUUCCUCCACGGGACCCUGCUCAAGAAGGACUACUUCCUGCCCGAGGGACUCCUCGAACCCAGGGCCAAAGUGGAUCCCACCGAGGCUCAAGCCACCACUGACCAGCCAGCCAACUCUAUGGGGCCGGAAUUUGGCCGCACGGAGACACCGGGACCUCUUGGCUUCUCGGAUUCGGGACCAGGGACUCUGUCGGCCACCACCAUUGUGACCACUGUGCCCGCUCCAGGCGGUCCUUGCAGCUGGAACCUGACGGGCCCGAAGGGGUCCCUGGCCUCGCCGCUGCCCUCCGGCCUGCCCUACAAGCCCGGCGUGACUCUGGAGUGUGCUUACUCCAUCUCCGUCUACCCGGGAUAUGGUGUCGAGAUCCGGGUGCAGAACAUCAGCCUCUCGGAAGGCGAGACGGUCACCAUAGAGACCCUGGGAGGCGCAGAUCCCAUCGCUCUGGCCAACGAGUCCUUCUUGAUGCGGGGUCAAGUGAUCCGGGGUCCGACUAAUCAGGCGCUGAUCCGCUUCCAAAGCCCCUUGCCGGCCAAUCCGGGCAGCUUCCACUUCCACUUCGAAGCCUACCUUCUGAGCUGCGCCUUCCCUUCUCGCCCGGCCUACGGAGACGUGGCGGUGACCAGCGUCCACCCCGGCGGCCACGCUUGCUUCUCUUGCGCCAACGGCUACCAACUCACCGGCCAGCGCUGCCUCAGCUGCCUCAACGCCACCCACCCCUUUUGGGACGAACGGCUGCCAACUUGCGUGGCGUCCUGCGGUGGUGUGGUCCGCAACGCCAGCACGGGCCGGAUCGUGUCCCCAGGCUUCCCCGGCAACUACAGCAACAACUUGACCUGCCAUUGGCUGCUGGAGGCUCCUCCGGGGCAGCGGCUGCACCUACAUUUCGAGAAGGUCUCCCUAGCAGAGGACGACGACCGGCUGAUCAUCCGCAACGGGAACGACAUCGAGGCCGCGCCGGUGUACGACUCCUACGAGGUCGAGUAUCUCCCCAUCGAGGGCCUGGUCAGUGGCGCCCGUGGGUUCUUCAUUGAGCUGACCACCGACAGCAGCGGCGUGGCGGCUGGCGUGGCUCUGCGCUACGAGGCCUUUGAGCCGGGCCACUGCUACGAGCCCUUCGUCAAGUAUGGAAACUUCACGGCCAGCGACGCCUCCUACGCCGUGGGCACCACCGUGGAGUUCGCCUGCGAGGCCGGCUACACCUUGGAGCAAGGCUCCGUCAUCAUCGAGUGCGUGGACCCCGAAAACCCCCAGUGGAACGAGACCGAGCCCGCCUGCAGAGCGGUGUGCAGCGGGGAGAUCACGGACGCGUCUGGCGUGGUCCUCUCCCCCAACUGGCCGGAGCCCUACGGAAAGGGCCAGGACUGCAUCUGGGGCCUCCACGUCGAGGAGGACAAGCGCAUCAUGCUGGACGUCCAAGUCCUGCGCCUGGGCCAAGGGGACGUGCUGACCUUCUACGACGGGGACGACCUGACGGCCCACAUCCUGGGGCAGUUUUCGGGGCCCCGCCGGCGCUUCAAGCUCUUCACCUCCAUGGCCGACGUCACCAUCCAGUUCCAGUCGGACCCUGGGAGCAGCGGACUGGGCUACCAGCACGGCUUCGUCAUCCACUUCGCUGAGGUGCCUCGCAACGACACGUGCCCGGAGCUCCCCGAAAUCCCCAACGGCUGGAAGACGUCCUCGCACCCAGAGCUGGUCCACGGCACGGUGGUCACCUACCACUGCUACCCGGGCUACGAACUGGUGGGCACCGAGCUCCUGAUGUGCCACUGGGACCUGGUGUGGAGCGGAGACCUGCCCUCCUGCCAGAGAGUGACGGCUUGCCACGACCCGGGAGACGUAGAGCACAGCCGGCGCCUGGUCUCCCAGGAGGCCUUCCCCGUGGGCUCCACCGUCCGCUUCCUCUGCGACAAGGGAUACGUCUUGGCCGGGAGCCCCGAGAUCGCCUGCCACGACCGCCAGGCCGGCGGGCCCAAGUGGAGCGACCGCCUCCCCAAGUGCAUCCCCGAGGUCUACGAGCCCUGCCACAACCCCGGGGUCCCUGAUCACGGGACGCAGACCCCUGAGAAGCGGGUCUUCCAGGCCGGGGCCUCGCUGCGCUUCUCCUGCGCCACCGGAUACGUCCUUUUGGGCAGCGCCAGCCUCCGCUGCGUCCCUGGGCACCCCUCCCAAUGGAGCGGGUCCCCACCCAUCUGCAAAGCGGCUUCUUACGAUGAGUUCUACACCAACCGGAACUUGGACGCCGUGGCCAAAGUGGCUCCGGCCGAGGACCCGCUCCACGGCACCAGCAUGGCCUUUGCCAUCUUCCUCCCGGUGGCCGCCGUGGCCCUGCUUUUGGGCGCUGUGUAUCUCUUCAUCUCCAGGCACCAAGGCAAGCCCUCUCUGUCGCUGCCCCGGUCGGAGUCCCCGCCUUACGACCACAUUGCGGUGGAUUCGGCCUUCGACAACCCCACCUACGAGACCGGAGCUUUUUUCUCGGCAGGACCUGCGGGAGUAUGAAGUCUCCAUUUAGGGCAGGACGGGCCCUCGAAGGCAACCGACCGACUGGCUGGACCAUGGCAAAGCGGACUUGUAAAUAGCUCUCAAGACCUGGAGCCAGAAGAGGACUCUCUCGAACCCGGGACUCGCCAUCGCCUUGCAUCCCCCCAAAAAUCGGGCAUUAAAGUUUCAAAUUUGGGCCCCGAAACCCGGCAUUAAAUUCACAUUGGGCAUUGUAUUUCCCCCCUUUGAAAAUGAAGCUCGCAAAGCAGAGUGGAGGGUGAGUCCUGGCCCCUGGAUUGGGAAGGAGAGGGAAACGGGGCCACGGAAAGUCUUGGAUUAAGAAAUCAAUCAGGGAAACUCAUCCUGAUACGGGACUGGUGGGAGUUGUAGUUCAACCCAAAUGACCCUGGCUAUAAUAGUGAUGAUGAUGAUGAUAAUAAUAAUAAUAACUAUAACUCCCAGCCGCCCCGGUCGACACGUGGGACCCUGCAGAACCCAAAUGCCCUGGCUCUUGGGGGAACUACAACUCCCAGGUGAGGAAUGAUGGGUGUUGCAAUACUUUGAAUCCCCAAACCCAUAUUUUCCUUACAAAGCGGCGGAAUCGAUACGUUUUGAAGCCGGCUGAAGGCGAAAGGAGAAACCGGGACUUUUGGAAAAGCCAUUUAGACGCAAGAAGCCCCUUCUUCGGAGACGUCUCUGGACUCCCUUCUCUAUGAGAAGCGGGGCGUUUUUUGGGGAUCUAUCCUUCUCGUGGCGGGUGGGCGGGCUUUUUAAACCUGUAGAGUUAUGUAACAUAGCGUUUUGGAGGAAUUCGAAUCCGGGACCCGUCCGAAGAGGCAGGGAUUGGGGGGUGGGAGCCGGCCUUUUGGAUCGUUUCACGAAUAAAGCAGUGUUUUAGAAGA